AUGUUUGUGUCGGUUCGCGACCAAGGCCACCGACGCCGCAGUCAUACCUUCGGCGUCAGUAAGGCUGCCCGUUCUUCCAAGCUAUCCCUUCUCUCUGCCAUCACAACUAGUUCGCAUGGAUCGAACGAUAGCGCGCGCACAAUCACCCAAGAAUCGUAUAGGAAAUCGACGUCAGUCUCAGGAAAGCGACGCAGGUCGUCACACACCAGAGGUCCACUGAAGUCAAGGGACCGGAAAGCGUCUACAGUCAAGACCAAGCCGGGUCAACCCGAGAAAGAGAAGACCAUGUCUCGAGAAUCGGUCGAUGUGUUCGCCUUUCUGGUGCAAGACGAAGAGCAGAAUCCGACCUCGCUGCAGGACGAGGUUGCUCGGCCCAUACAGGACAAAUAUCAAACCCACGAGGAAUCAGACACUGAGAGCGUAAGCAGAAGUCAGCAUUCAGAUUCUGGAAUUUCCAUGGGAGAGAGUAUUAUUUGUCGUCCACACACUGAUUCUUUGGUCGAGGGCCACCUACCUUCCUUGCCCGAGGAAUCCCAGGAGACAGCCGAGUCAAGACUGCAGCUGGCAAAUGGCUCGACGGACGAGAGACGCUUGCGGUUUCAAUGGCCAGCGGUGCCCCGUGCUACUCACAAGCCAUACUAUAAUAAAGCAGGCAGCAGGACGCCUAGCCCUGAGAACAUUCGUCGUCACAUGCCCUUCGUUAGAGAAGAUGUUCCUCCACCGCCCAAAGAGGCGAGUCUCUCAGGGUACGAUCUUGUCGCUCAUAAACUCAUGCACGAGGAACUUCCACCCGUGUUCCGACGAUUUCAGAAGAGCAAUUACAGAAUGCUGCUCCAGUUACAGGAUGAGAUCUCUGAGAUGGAAGAUGACCUGGCUGCUCUUGAUCUGAAGGAUAGCAGAAGACGUCUCAAGGUCGACGGUAGCACGUCACCAGCAUCCAGGCGCCUCAGCUGGGAAUGGACACAGUCUGAUCUCCAAAGCCAUCGAUUGGAGGUGCUCGGAAGACUUUAUAUCAAGCUCGAACAGUACUAUCAAGCUCUGCUUUCAGCUCAAAAAGUGCAAAGACUUUCUGCAUCACCAACGCAACCAGACCUUGAACGAUUCCGAACGUGGAUGCGAGAGAAGAACCCUCUUUCGGCGCCGGAGUCCAAGUUUCUCGAUCACGAAGAUGACUUGAUCUGCCUCACUAGCAACUCGACAUCCUCGAGUGCUACAGGAUCAAAUAUAGGAUUUGUUCCCGCAUGCAUCGUGUCCACCUCGCUCCUUCCGCUCUUUUGCUUCAAGAUCGUCACUGGCGUCCUCAGUCGGUUGAUCAUCCUGGUUGUGCUGCUGGCCGUGGAGUUGGGCAGUCUGGAAAAGCUGGACAGAUCAAAAGUCGGUCAGCACCAACAAUGGAUUUUUGCAUGUUUUGGUGUUUUGCUGCUGGUGGCCCUUUUCUUGUGA